CCCAUAAUACAGUACCCAACAUGGCCGCCGUAGCGGACGGAAUUCUCCCCUUUGUGGUCGCGGCCGGACUUUAGUGACGUUACUGUCCAAAUAUCCGUCUGUUCAGCCAGAUAUCCUAGCAGAUCUGAAUCAGACGAUGAGAUGGGACUCUAGGCUACCUUUGAAGCCCGGAACAGACGGGACAUAAAGGGAGAGACGACGGAGGAGUGAUGCCGCAACCUCGCGACCGAGAACGCCACAGGAGUGGAAGGGAAAAUGCACCAACAGAUAGAAAGAAGAGACCGAGUGGAGAGAGAGAACAGGAGAAUGAACAAAAGGACGACAGAAGCAGCGAGAAAAGCAAGAGCAGCAGAGAGACAACAGACAGCAACCAGUCAUAUCAGGAAUGCAUGGAGAAGAGAGUGGAGGAGCUGAGUCAGCAGCUUCAGGAGGAGAGGGCAGCCAGCCGCAGGGAGAAGCUGACUGUAGCCAGACUGCAGAGGGAGGUCGCACGCAACAAGAGCGAGGGGCCCAUGCGAGAAAAGCUGAUGAAGGACCUUGACCUUGAGCGCAGCCGGCGUGAGGAGACAGAACAGAAACUCAGGGACGUGACGGCAGACAACGAGCAGUGCAAGACCAGGCUACAGUCCCUGCAAAACGACAUGCAACAUAUGGAAGAACAAGUGCAAGGGAUGGUCCAGCUAAAACAGAAGAUGGACCAACUGAAGCGGGAGCGUGGACAUCUUAUUGAUGCAUAUGAAGUGGCAUAG